GCAGGUCCCUCUGCAGCCAUGUCAGUCAAGGCGAUUUUGGAGCAGAUGGGCAAGGAACUCCUUUACAAGUACAUCUGCACUACCUCAGCCAUCCAGAACCAGUUCAAGUAUGGCCAGGUCACCCCAGGCACACACUGGGCCCGCCUGCUGCAGGACCAUCCCUGGCUGCUCAGCCAGAGUGUGGUAGUCGAGCCAGACCAGCUGAUCAAACGUUGUGGAAAGCUUGGACUAGUUGGGGUCAACCUCACUCUGGAUGGGGUCAAGUCCUGGCUGAAGCCAUGGCUGGGGCAGGAGGACAUGGGUGGCAAGGCCAAAGGCUUCCUCAAGAACUUUCUGAUUGAACCUUCGUCCUCUAUCCUGCACCAUCAGGUGGAGGAGUUCUAUGUCUGCAUUUAUACCACUCGAGAAGGCGACUAUAUCCUGUUCCACUAUGGGGGGGGGAUGAAUGUAGGUGAUGUGGACGCCAAAGCCCAGAAGCUGCUUGUUGGCAUGGACAAGAAGCUGAAUCCUGAGGACAUCAAAAAGCACCUGUUGGUCCACGACCCUGAAGACAAGAAAGAAAUUCUGGCCAGUUUUAUCUCUGGCCUUUUCAAUUUCUACAAGUACCUGUACUUCACUUACCUCGAGAUCAACUCCCUUGUAGUGACCACAGAUGGUGUCUACGUCCUUGACUUGGCAGCCAAGGUGGAUGCCACAGCCGACUACAUCUGCAAAGUGAAGCGGGGUGAAAUAGAGUUCUUCGGGUGGGAGGUGUACCCAGAGGAAGCCUACAUGGCAGACUGGGAUGCCAAAAGUGAGUUGAGCCUGAAGCUGACCUUGCUGAACCCCAAGGGGAGGAUCUGGACCAUGGUGGCCAGGGGUGGUGCCUCUGUCAUGUACAGUGAUACCAUCUGUGAUGUAGGGGGUGUCAGCGAGCUGGCAAACUAUGGACAGUACUCGGGUGCCCCCAGCAAGCAACAAACCUAUGACUAUGCCAAGAUGAUCCUUUCCCUUAUGACCCAAGAGAAGAACGCAGAUGGCAAGAUCCUCAUCACUGCAGGCAGCAUUGCAGACUUCACCAAUGUGGCAGUCACAUUCAAGGGCAUUGUAAGAGUGAUUCGAGAUUAUCAAGGCCCCCUGAAGGAGCAUGAGGUCAUGAUCUUUGUCCAAAGAGAUGGCCCCAACUAUCAGGAGGGCUUACAGGUGAUGGGAGAAGUUGGGAGAACCACCGGGAUCCCCAUCCACGUCUUUGGUACAGAGAUUCACAUGACGGCCAUUGUGGGCAUGGCCCUGGGCCACCGGCCAAUCCCCAAUCAGCCACCCACAGUGGCCCACACUGCAAACUUCCUCCUCAAUGCCAGCAGGAGCACAUCGACUCCAGCCCCCAGCAGGACAGUGUCUUUUUCUGAAUCCAGGGCUGAUGAGGUAGCACCUGCAAAGAAGUCCAAGCCUGCCAUGCCACAAGAUUCAGUCCCAAGUCCAAGAUCCCUACAAGGAAAGAGUGCCAACCUCUUCAGCUGCCACACCAAGGCCAUUGUGUGGGGCAUGCAGACCCAGGCUGUACAAAGCAUGCUGGACUUUGACUACGUCUACUCCCGAGACAAGCCCUCUGUGGCCGCCCUGGUCUACCCUUUCACUUCUGCCAUGAAGAAGCACCCAGAGGUAGAUGUGCUAAUCAACUUUGCCUCCCUCCACUCUGCUUAUGACAGCACCAUGGAGACCAUGAAUUAUGCCCAGAUCUGGACCAUUGCCAUCAUAGCUGAAGGCAUCCCUGAGGCCCUCACAAGAAAGCUGAUCAAGAAAGCAGACCAGAAGGGCAUGACCAUCAUUGGACCUGCCACUGUUGGAGGCAUCAAGCUUGGGUGCUUUAAGAUUGGAACUACAGGUGGGAUGCUGGACAACAUAUUGGCCUCCAAACUGUACCACCCCGGCAGUGUGGCCUAAGUCUCACACUCUGGAGGCAUGUCCAACAAGCUCAACAACAUCAUCUCUCAGACCACGGAUGGCAUCUAUGAGGGUGUGGCCAUUGGCGGAAGGUACCCUGGCUCAACAUUCAUGGAUCAUGUGUUACAUUACCAGGACACUCCAGGAGUCAAAAUGAUUGUGGUUCUUGGGGAGAUAGGGGACAUUGAGGAAUAUAAGAUCUUCCAGGGCAUCAAGGAGGGCCGCACCACCAAGCCUGCUGUCUGCUGGUGCAUUGGGACCUGUGCCACCACGUUCUCCUCUGAGGUCCAGUUUGGCCAUGCUGGAGUUUGUGCCAACCGGGCUUCUGAAACUGUGGUAGCCAAGAACCAGGCUUUGAAGGAAGGAGGAGUGUUUGUAUCCCGGAGCUUCGAUGAGCUUGAAGAAAUCAUCCAGUCUGUGUAUGAAGAUCUUGUGGCCAAUGGAGUCAUUGUAGCUGCUCAGGAGGUGCCACCCCCAACAGUGCCCAUGGACUACUCCUGGGCCAGGGAGCUGGCUCUGAUCCGCAAACCUGCCUCGUUCAUGACCAGCAUCUGCGACGAGCGAGGACAGGAACUCAUCUAUGCUGGCAUGCCCAUCACCAAGGUCUUCAAGGAAGAGAUGGGCAUCAGUGGGGUCCGUGGCCUCCUCUGGUUCCAGAAAAGGCUGCCCAAGUACUCUUGCCAGUUUAUUGAGAUGUGUCUGAUGGUGACAGCUGAUCAUGGGCCAGCCCUCUCUGGGGCUCACAACACCAUCAUCUGUGCACAGGCUGAAAAGGACCUGGUCUCCAGCCUUACCUCGGGGCUGCUCACCAUUGGGAACCAGUGGGGUGCCUUGGAUGCAGCAGCCAAGAUGUUCAAUAAAGCCUUUGACAGUGGCAUUAUCCCCAUGGAGUUUGUGAACAAGAUGAAGAAGGAAGGAAAACUGAUCAUGGGCAUUGGUCACCGAGUGAAAUCUAUAAACAACCCAGACAUGCGAGUGCAAAUCCUCAAAGACUACUGUGUCAGACAGCACUUCCCUGACACCCUGCUGCUCGAUUAUGCUUUGGAAGCGGAGAAGAUUACCACCUCAAAGAAACCAAAUCUUAUCCUGAAUGUGGAUGGUUUAAUCAGAGUUGCAUUUGUAGACAUGCUUAGAAACUGUGGGUCCUUUACUCAGGAGGAAGCUGAUGAAUAUAUUGACAUUGGAGCCCUCAAUGGCAUCUUUGUGCUGGGAAGGCGUAUGGGCUUCAUUGGACACUAUCUUGAUCGGAAGAGGCUGAAGCAGGGGCUGUAUCGUCAUCCGUGGGAUGAUAUUUCAUAUAUUCUUCCGGAACACAUGAGCAUGUACCUGAGCUAG